AUGGUCGAGGCUGAUGAUUCAUGGGCAGCCUUUGAAGCAAUGACCCGUGAUGACUGGUCCGUGGAGGCUGAUGAUUCAUGGGCAGCCCCAGACUUGGUGACCUCCGCUGCUAUGGUCGAGGCUGAUGAUUCAUGGGCAGCCUUUGAAGCAAUGACCCGUGAUGACUGGUCCGUGGAGGCUGAUGAUUCAUGGGCAGCCCCAGACUUGGUGACCUCCGCUGCUAUGGUCGAGGCUGAUGAUUCAUGGGCAGCCUUUGAAGCAAUGACCCGUGAUGACUGGUCCGUGGAGGCUGAUGAUUCAUGGGCAGCCCCAGACUUGGUGACCUCCGCUGCUAUGGUCGAGGCUGAUGAUUCAUGGGCAGCCUUUGAAGCAAUGACCCGUGAUGACUGGUCCGUGGAGGCUGAUGAUUCAUGGGCAGCUCCAGACUUGGUGACUUCCGCUGCUAUGGUCGAGGCUGAUGAUUCAUGGGCAGCCUUUGAAGCAAUGACCCGUGAUGACUGGUCCGUGGAGGCUGAUGAUCCAUGCCCAUCCGCCGAAUUGGUGGCCGCCAUCACCGAAGAGGCUGAUGAUCCAUGCCCAUCCGCCGAAUUGGUGGCCGCCAUCACCGAAGAGGCUGAUGAUGCAUGGGCAGCCUUCGAGAUGAUGACCAGUGAUGACUGGUCCGUAGAGACUGAUGCCUUCCUGGACGUCACGGCCAUCUGUGCUGUCGUUGUGUAAAUUGUCAUGCUUCACUAAGCAGCCUGGUAACACACUCACCAGUGACCCCCGGCGCAGGCGCGAGCCACAUCGUGAGCCACACUCCCGGGGAGCGAGACACCCUUCAGUGACCGUCGCUCUUAUUACACCUUCAGGGGAGGAGCUCCAGCUGUAUUUCUUAUCUUAUCAAUGAAAA